AUGUACUUAGUCCGGAUAUUGCGGGAGAUAAAGUUCACCGACACAUCAUUUUUCACCACCGAUGGUGCAAACCGACAGCUUCCGACGCCAACGCAAGUGAGAGCUUUGUCCAAAGGUAUCAAUACAUGUCCGCGACCCGCAGCGGUCAAAUUUGCAGAGCUGGGCCUACUGGUGAAGUUCGGCCGUUACGUCACGACCACCGAGGCACUGAAUCUCUGGACGAUCAAGAAGACUUUUGGCGACGACAUUCCUGUACCAGAGGUAUUUGGCUGGCGCGUGGAUCAAGAUGGGUUUACUUUCAUAUAUAUGGAACUGAUCGGGGGCCCGACCCUCGAGGAGUGCUGGGACUCUCUUGAUGCUCUACAAAGAAGGACCAUCAAUGACCAGCUCUGCGGUAUCAUGGGGAAGUUACGCACCCUCGCGCAGGACCCCUCGGAGCGGUUUAUUGGAUCCAUAAACCGAGAGCAUCUAUUGGACUACGUGUUCAUCGACCAGCCGAAAACAGGCCCGUUCUUGAGCCUGACUCAUGCGGACCUGAACCGGCGCAAUAUCAUGGUCCCUUCCACCAGUCCGGUUCGCGUGGUCAUCGUGGACUGGCAGCAGUCGGGUUGGUAUCCGGAUUACUGGGAGUAUUGCAAAGCGGCCUAA